GGUUACACCUGAUUUCAAUUCUUUGUGACUUCACUUCUCUACCUCUGCUCCGAAAUGGCAAGCUUCGAGGUCGCUUUCAGAAAUGACUCGGUUGAGCAGGGCGUUUUUGACGCUUUCAAUGAGCACGCCGGUCAGCAGCGCAUUGAGACCAAGCAGCGAAUGCUCAACAUCAUUCGCAAGUGGUACAGCCAGCAUCACGUCACUGUUGUGGAUUCAGCAAGCUGCUCGCUCCUGGAGUUCGCUGCUGCAGGGAAGGCGACAUAUUCGCACGAGGCCGAUGAUGAGACCUUCAAUGCGACCCGGCAGUGGAUGCCGGUGGGAAGCGGCGUCGAAAAGAAGACGCACCCUGGCAGGCUGCAGGACGAGUUCCACUUUGCUAGGUUCCUAUUCGAGUGGGACGGCAAGAAAUUCCUUCUUUUCCACCUGAUCUACCGGGACCCCUUCCAAUCCCCAACUCGCUGCUUCUACAUCCUGCAUGCACGCACCCCAUCGGGUGACCCCAACGUCCAAGACGGCCACUGCGUCGAGACCGAUGCCCUCAUCCUUGCCGCCGGCAAGUGGACCUCGCUCCUUCACGAGGAGAUCUGGGUAUUCGACAACGGCUACUGGGAGAAAUCCAAGGAGCUGUGGAAAGCCGUCGAGGGUUCCUCCUGGGAUGAUGUCAUCCUGGACCCAGACAUGAAGGCUGGCCUCAUCCAGGACGUGCAAGGCUUCUUCGAUAACCAAGCUCUCUACGCACAGUACGCGGUUCCUUGGAAGCGUGGCAUCAUUCUACACGGCGUCCCCGGCAACGGUAAAACCGUCUCCAUCAAGGCGCUUAUCAACAGCCUCUACGCCCGGCCCGACCAGGUAUCCUCCCUCUACGUCAAGAGCUUCGAGACAAAGUGCAACACAGAGCAGUAUUCAAUCCGGCAGAUCUUCCAGCAGGCGCGGCGCUGCGCGCCCUGCCUUCUCAUCUUCGAGGACCUUGACUCCCUCGUCGAUGACAACAUCCGCAGCUAUUUCCUCAACGAGGUCGACGGUCUCGAAUCAAACGAUGGUAUCUUGAUGAUUGGAUCGACAAACCACCUCGACAAGCUCGACCCCGCCAUCGCAAAGCGACCCUCUCGCUUCGACCGCAAGUACCACUUCCGCCUCCCUGGCGAGAAGGAGCGCACACUUUACGCGGAGUACUGGCGGCAGAAGCUGCUGCGGCGCAACGAUGGGCUGGAGUUUCCCGAAGAGCUGUGCGGGGUUGUAGCGCAGCUUACCGAGGGUUUCAGCUUUGCGUAUCUGAAGGAGCUGUUUGUGAUGGCACUGCUGAGCCUUGUUCGGGGUUUCAAGGGCGACGACUUUGAGAUUGUGGAUGCGGCGGAGGCGGAGAGCGCGCCGGAGGAGGAAGCGCCGGCUGCUGAGGCUGCGUCUGGAGCUGCGGCAGAGGAGAAGAAGGAGGAUGUGUGCGAGUGCACGAAGAAGUGUUAUAAAUGUGGGAAGGCUGUUGUUGAGGAGUCCGAGGCAAAAACCAAGGCCGCGCAGAAGAAGGAGAAGGAAAAGGACGCCACGAAGAAGCAUAUUGUCCCUGCGGUUGACAUCCCAGAGCACUUGGGCGACAACCUCCUGCUCAAGGUCGUGCGCCACCAGAUCCGCAUAUUGGUUGCGGAGAUGGACAACACUGAACCGGAGAAGUGGAAGAGCGGGAAGAAGGAGAUGAGUGCAAGCGAGGACUACGCCGCGAGGUAUCGGGCCAUGAUGAACAGGCGGGCCGCUAGAGGCUAGGUGGGGAUUUCAUGGCUAGUGGUGGAUUCCUUUGGGUAAAACUGAUGCUUUUGGAUACGGCCUCAUAAUUAUGUAGUGGUCUAGUAGAUGUGUAUCGGUAUAGACGGAUACUCAUGACAUCGAAGG